GAAAAAUAAAACUGAGGGAUAAAAUCGAGUGGAAUCAAGUAGAAAGAUAUUUCGAACACUCACCGAAUUCGCCACAGAUUUUUCCAAAUCCACUUUAAAGCUCGAAUAUCUCAUAUAUAAGAAAUAUAUAGAACGAAAAAAUAUAAAAAAAUAAAAGAUUACUAGGUAUAUACAUUCGACAUCACGCAUUGCUCUUGAUUACACGUGUAUUCAAACCAAUCAAAGCUGUCAAGCACAAAAUAAAUAAAAACUUGUCGUCUCAUGAGUACUAUCUUCCAUGUAACAAAUAAUACGUCAAACUGAAUGUCACUGGGAUUUAAAUUACUUUUCUUAUAAUAAAUUGCUACCACAAUUGACGAAUAUUAAAACGUAAUGUCUGCCCUAUUCAACUUCCAGAGUUUGUUGACAGUAAUUUUAUUACUGAUAUGCACGUGUACUUACGUUAGAUCCAUUGUGCCCAGCUUGUUGGAUAAGAGGUUAGGAAAGGUUGGGUUGCAGGGCACUUUUUGGAAGUGUGCAAGAAUCGGUGAAAGGAAGAGUCCAUACGUGGCAAUCUGUUGUGUUUUCAUGGCUUUUAGUCUAUUGUUUUGGACGUAAAGUUUAUGUUGAAGCACAGAAUCCUAAGAACUAUAUACAUCAGUGAUGUGCAACUGUAUUUUAAUUGUAAACAUUAUGGGCCUACACAUAAAUAAAGCACGUGUUUAUUUAUAAGGUUUAA